CUCUGCCAUCGAGUCAGUGUCGUACACCUCUACUGCCAGCUCCUUGCGCUUUGUGUGGGAGGAACUCUCUUGUGAAAGCCUACAUGGUGCUUUGUAUGGCUAUGAAUACGAUCUCUAUGAUCCUACUGGUGGUGGGAGAACUGUCCGGAAUACAUCGAUCACACGAAGAAACGAUUUUCAAAUAACUGGUCUUGAUGCUUGCACAGAAUAUCGCUUCAGAAUAAGAGUAGUUACUACCCAGCUGAAAAGGAGUGAAUGGCACAUGGAAAUGGCAAUGACUAAUAUAUCAGCUCCUGGGAUGCCAGUUAUUACAGAGCUUACCCCGCAUCAGGAAGACAGUGGCACUACUGGUCUAACAGUAUCAUGGCAACCUCCUUCCUCACCUCCAUGCCAGCCUACGCAUUAUGAAAUCAAAUACUAUGAUCUUCAAGGCGAUAUGUGUGAGGAUAACUCGAGGGAUCGGAUAAUGACUUCAGCAGGGACCGUCAAUGGUUCAACGUUUACCUUCAAUGUCCUGGAGUUGCGUCCUAACUCUGAGUACAUGGUGUUCGUGAGAGGCAGAACCAGUAGCGGUUAUGGUGAUGCGGAUUCCGAAGUAGCUACUACAGGAUAUUCACAUCCUACUGGUCCUCCAAUCAACAUUCAGUCCACUUCCAUCAAGAAACGCAGUAUUGUCUUCACUUGGGAGAAACCAGAAUGUGGUUCUCGGAAUGGACCAAUCUCAAGCUACGAAGUUAUGCUCUCCAAUUCUACAGGACACGUGGUUUAUCAUGGUAAUGUGUCAGGACCUGAGCAUGAGAUACUUGACCUCAUCCCCUAUUCGAAUUACAGCAUUAGAAUCAGAGCUUGGAACUAUGAACUAGCAGGGGAGUAUGGUCCCGCGAUUUGGGCACAGACAGGUGAAGCAAAGCCAGCGCCACCAAUCGGAGUAAAUCUGCCAUCUUCCGACCAGGAGAGUAUCACAGUAGAAUGGAUGUCACCGAACCCUCCUCUGGGCAGGAUAAUAGGUUACUACAUUCUCUACUGGGAAACGGGUGAUAAUAGUUCCACGCCCAGAAACGUCAGCAUCCCGUGUCGGGACGGUCUUUGCUCUGACAUUAACUACAGGCUUUCCGCAUAUAUUCCUGAUCUCCGGCCCGACACGAAUUAUACCGUUCAGGCAAGUGUGCUUCCUGAAGGCGUUUUCUAAAGGGAUUCUGUAUAUUGAAAAUGGGAUGUAAAAAAACUUUUUCAUAAAUAUUGUGAUAACGGACCUAUGGUUUAAAUUAGUAUCCAUCCGUAAAAAUAGUUUCUGUCGACAAUGUCUGCAGAGAUGGCAUCUUCAAUCUUGCGUCUAGCUAAGAUAACUAAAAGAUGUAAGGUUUCACGAUAUGUUUGUUGUAAGACAGCUCAUUAUAGAACUUAAGGGAUGACAUUCAAUAGAUGAUGUGGGACCAAACCAGGAGAAGCAAUCUGUAAGUUUCCUGAUUUUUCUAAUGAAAUAUAUAUAUA